AUGGUCAACGAUGUAGAACCAAGCAAGAAGACCGAAGGUGCACCGGAUACCAACUCGCCACUUUACAUCCAUGCAUCAGAUUACCCAAAACAAAUGCACGUCCAUGACACCCUUACCGACAACAACUAUGCGGAUUGGUCUCAAGAGAUGAUGAACUUUCUCUUUGCCAAAAACAAGGUAGGCUUCAUUGAUGGCUCAAUCCAGAAACCUGGAAAAUACUCUCCUGAUUACAUGAUAUGGAUGCGAUGCGAUGUUAUGGUGAAGGGAUGGCUCACGACGGCAAUGGAAAACGAUAUCAGGGUUAGUGUAAAAUAUGCCAAUACGACUUCAAAGAUAUGGUUUGAUCUGCCUGAAAGAUUUGGAAAGGAAAGAUCCCCUCGGGCCUACAAGUUGAAACAAGCACGCACCAGGAUUCACCAAAAUGGAUCUUCCGUAUCAACAUAUUACACUAGACUUCGAGGCAUCUGGUGCGAGACGCAGGUUGCCUUACCCACACCUCAAUGA